AAACAAAACAUACCAAUUGGCUGUAAACAAUCGUGAUUAAAACGGCCCCAAACAAAACAGUUCCUCGAUGGACGAUUUCGUGCUGAACAUAUCGGACUCGUCUGAUGAAAACGAUACACCGGAACGGGCGGGGCUUACCGUAACACCGGAAGUGAAAGGCACAACCAGCACCGGCACCAUGAAUUCCGGCAACAGAAAAUCCCCCGAUCCUGAGGAGAAAAGUGAUGCUGCUAGCGAUAGCAACAGUAAAGCCAUCGAAAACAACGAAAACGAUCUGAACGGGACGAAAAAGGGGCGAACGAAGCGUGGCCAACGGAACCGGCUGUUUGACGAAAAUUCCAAAUUCCUGGCCGAUUUCGAUCCGGGCAAAUCGCAGCGAGAAAAGCGCAAGCUGGAGCGUAACGUACGCGCCGCAACGAAGCAGAUCGGACUGUACAACGAGCAUGGCGUGCUGCGCAGCAAUGGGGUUGAUUUGUGCGACUGUCUGACCAGGAACUGUCCCGGGUGUCACAUGCCGUGCCGGGACUGUGGCGGUAGCAAGUGCGGGACAGUGUGCCGGAAGCAUCGCAAGUGGAUGUACGAACGGGUGGAGGUGGACGCGAAGGAUGUGGUGAAGGAAAAUCCGUUCAAACCCUAGGCCGGGCGGAGGUUUUGUGUAGAAUUAGUUUAUUGUUUCCAACUGCCGUAUGGUCGUAUGUAUAGUUUUACACAUUCAGUAAUAAAUUACACUAGCGGCAUGCCCUGCCGACGAAGAAUCGUAGCUUCUCGCUGCCCUCCCCCCGCGUUGUGUGGGUAAUAAUACUAUUAUAGUACAUCAUAUCGUUUAAAUACUGAGUAGCGGAGAGGGACCCAUUAAGUAAGAUAGUUUCGUUAGUCUUCGUCCUACGUUACCUGGACGCACGAUCACAUUGUACACUGGUUUGCAAGUAUUUACAUUCACAAACAAUCGUUACAGCUACUAUCCACCGUAAGCCGGAAGCGUGCCUAGGAAGCGAGCUAGAAUAGGCUAGAAUGUGUCCUUGUAAGCGGUUCUUUGGUUUUUGGUUUGGGAUGCGUUUCACGUUACACAGACAACAGUACACAGAGACAGUACAGGCAGAAAAUGUACAGGCGGCAAUGGAACUAGGACAGAGAUAGCAAAACAGCAGAUCGAUCGCCUAGAGUCGAUCGUGACAUACAAAAAUGCUACACUUACUAAACGGUGGUCUAGCAACGCGCAGGACACAAGCACGGGAACAUUGGGUGUGCAGUUGCCUUGUCCCAGGACAGUGGGACUUUAGUAAUACUUCUCCUAUACUGCUACUGUUGACGGUUGAUAAUCUUUUGGUAGGACUAAAGAAAGGGAAAAACUCGCCUUCCAUUAAUGCUCUCUCUCUAUUCCGUAUGACUAGCUCCUAAUUAGCUUGCUAACGACAUCUCCUACAUGAACGUACAAGCGCACGGGACAGGUAUUGUGGAUAGUUUUUUUUUGCUGUGAUCUUUGAUUUUCUAGCUGUAACGGUGGCGCGCUUGUCUUUAAAUGAUCUCACGCACACACACAGAUUGAGAUUACAAAUAUAGUUUGGGCGUAAUACAUAGAGGUACGAACGGGGAUCCCACCAAAAUAAUAAUAGAACCCUUGGGGGAAAGGUCGGAUUCUCCCAGUGGCAUGGGUGGGUUUUCCGCGUUCUCUCGCCCAUUCCAAUACAUGCAUAAUAAAAAUACAUCCAUGGUUAAGAACACGGGUUUUGCAUCGGUUUUUGUUUGUGCUACAUAGGUUGUGUAUGACUGCUCUGCUUCAAUAUAGCUUCCUUCAAUAACAUAUACAUGUAUGUGCGCAUCAUCGUUUCCCUUUGGUUUGGUUUUUCCCAUUUAAAUUCUUACUAGUGCCCCGUUUGGUCCGAAUGUUUGUGUGUUCUUUGCAGGCAAUAAGUACCAUUAAUUACAAGUCUUUGUUUUGUUAUUUUAAAUUACACCACACUCCUAUCAGUGUCUGCUCUCAGCCGGCGCUCAAAUAUGUUAGCGGUUUAAAUAUGUUUGCUUUUUUGUUGUUGCUUUCGUACAUUUUGCGAACAAAAGGAGGUGAGAAAUUUGAUAAUAAGAGAAAAGAGGAAAAUUUAAGGAAUUAGUUGUACAGGAUGCGGCAGGAAAUAAGGCAAUUUUAGACCAAUUUUAGUACAAAACUGUUUUUGGGCGAUUUCCGACUAGAACUGCCUUCAGGAGAUUCGAAGUAAUAUAAUAUUUUAAUUGUAAAGCAGAGGCUCGCUCUGAUCACGCCCAACGAGAUCGUCAAGCAUGUCUGCGGGAAAGUCUUACGCAGUGAUAGUGUAGGGAGGCGCCGGACCAAAGACCAUACCAGUACUCCUAGAAAGAACUUUUAUGCGAGCCUGUAGAACGUUUAAAAACCUACAAUUGACUCCAUCGACAGUUUGUUUUUCUUUGUUGAUCAAAUGAUAGAACAAUGAUCCUGCUAUCAUCUAACAGGCUUUUCAGUAUAAAGAAUAUCUCGGGACAGCGCGUCUCACUUCACCAGACAAACUUGAGGAAGCUACUCGAGAUAGGUGUAGGUUGAGAUUCAAAUUGAGCUUGGUUAACGGGAUUUCUAAGGACGACGUGCUUCCCAGGUGGAUGGCCAAAUUUUCUGCAGCUCAAAGCGUUGCAGUACAACAGAGUGGGGGCCAUGUUACAUACAUGGUCAAAUCGAUUUGAUGGCCAACGAUUGCUGAUGGGAAAAGGUAAAGUUAUGGCCCAUAGGUUUUUUGAAUCUUUAGUAGUCCUACAAAGGACUACGCUCAAAGCACCUUUUCUAGCUUCUGAUGUCAUUUUUGAACUUGGUUGUUUGAAUUAAAAAAAAGCGUUGAGGGACCUCAUUUAAUUUUAAAAGGCCUUAUAAACUUGAUAGGAUUUUAUAUCAUUUCUGAAGUAUAAAUUUUCCAAUUUUUCUUGCCACGUCCUGUACUGUGGUGGAUUUUAGAAGCUGAUGAGUUUAAAAAAAGAUUUAAAUUAAUUUUUAAAAUCACUGGCGCAAGUGGUAAAUGAAUGACGAAUGGCUCAUAAAUAAUGAUAUUCAGCUUACGAUAGUCGCACUAUGUACAGCAGCUAUGCGGCAUUAUUUAUAUCAUAUUAGAAUUUACCAUUAAUUUGAAGAUGUUUUAUCAGUACUGUACAAUUCGCUAUACUACACGCUUAAAGUUAAGGUCAGAUCCAUAUUUAGGAGAAACACACAGUUCGAUAGUUUUUUUUUUAAAUAUCGUUCCCCUUUUGCUCUCCCUCCCUCUCUCCCUAUACAGACGACAUCCACACGGACAUGGUUCUCGUUAUCUGCUACACCGUAUUGUAUAAAAACAGCUUUAGGCCUCAAACUACUGCUCACCCCGGACCACCGCAUAUACCUGACCGCUUAUCCCGGUGGAGGCUGACGCAUCCCUCCGUUCGUGAACCACCGGAAAACCGUCAUCCACCGAGAGCGGCGCAGGAUAGCGUUACCGAUGGGUCGAUUGGUUAAAAGUAUGCGCACAGGAAACGGUGAAGUGACACGAGUGCUUCAUGAGUGAGAAGGAAUGGCUCUUCUGGUGCGAAAAGCACAUCGACUUGCUGCCGCGUCCCUCGUUCAAUCAAUCCCGCUCUGAUGCAUUUGACUAGGUGAUGAUAUACUAUCUUAGUUAUUGUUUCGCUAUCUAAACGGCCCAGAACGGUACCCUUGCUUUCCCAUUUCGUCCGCCAUUUUGGUGUCUAUAGAUUCUGAUGUAUCGCUCUAUAUAGGAGCCCCCGUUUUGCUCUCAGCACGGCUCGCUUAGAAUCUACGUUGCUACGAGCGUACGCUAAUAGUGUUUCAUCUUAAGCUACUUUAGAAUUUCAGUUGUUUAUUAUCAUUAGCUUAGCGUCCUUAGCUUAUAUCGUACAGGCUCAAACCAUCCAAGCAGCUGUCCUGUGUCUUGCUUCCUGUCCUCCAAUCAGUACACAAUUAAAUUGGUCUCUGGGUUAUACAUAUAAAUACGCUAUGCUAUAUACCUCUAUCAUGCCGCGAACCGUUGCGGGCUCGAUUUUGAUUACUAUUUAAUCGUUAGUUUUGUUAACUGCUACUGUGGUGUUUGUUUUGUUUUUUCCCCCUUUUGUUUCGAAGUAAAAAACAAAAAACGUUUCUAACGAAAUUGAAAAUACUGCGUAGCGUAAAUGCAUGCGUAGCGGCCGGUGCUGCGAUGAUCUGGCUGAUGCGAAUUAAAACGUUUUGCUUAGGUAGAGAACAGCUCUGCUUACAGCUAUCUGCUAUCGUUUAGGUCUAGUUUGCGCUAAUGCUACAACAUCAUGUACACAAAUACAUCCCACUUAUACGUAUUCGAUAGUAUUCGGUCGGAGAUAUUCUUAACUGGUCUUCUUUUUUUUGUUCUUGAUGACCGAGUUGUGAUUAGCAAAACACUGCGAAAACAAUAUCCUUUAAUAUGAGAUUUAGGUUUUACGAUAGAUCUAUAAUAUGUACAGAUCGCCCGUUAGCCCCUGGCGGAAGGGACAUGGCGUUCGCUGUAUUGGUUGAGUGAGAUUCAACAACACGAUCGUU